ACGACAUUAAUGAUCGGUCCGAUUUGUUAGCAUGUUAACGAUGAUUUUAUUUCGGACCGUCUGUGGAUACAAUCACGAGACCCAUAACCUGUGUAUUAUACUUGUGAAUAAUGGCUAUUCAACGUAAAGCUGCAUUAUUACAAUUGAUGGAAAUUGUACUCGAGGAUUCAGAAAAUGACGAACAAUCAAUUCUUAUAAAUCAAUCAUCUUCAAGUGAUGAUGAAAACGAAGAGGAAGCUUUGAAUUUAUAUGUAGCUUUGACUUUAAGCAAAAAGAGAAAGAAAAUAGACAAAAGACCGCGUGUUGAAGGCUUUGUAGAAAGAAUUAUUCCAGGAUAUACGGCAAAAGAAUUUAAAACACAUUUUCGAUUACUGCCUACAACCUUCGACUUUAUUUUGAGGUUGAUAGGUUCAAAUUUAAAUUCUACCAAAUCAGUCGCAGGUAGGAAGCCUAUACCAGCACAAAAUUAA